AUGUACCAGUACCAGUAUAUGCCACAACCGUAUCAACAGUAUAGUCAGAUGUUGAAUAUGUACCAAAUACUACCGCAGUACAUGCCGAUGCCUAAUCCGUAUCAGUCACUUCAGCAGUACAGUUUUCCGCCAAUGAUAUAUCAACCAACUCAACAGUAUGUACUUCCGCCAACGAUCUACCAACCAAAUGUACAAUAUAAUCCUGUACCAGUCAUACCACCGUCACCUCAACAGUAUCAAGCAACUCCACCAUACAGUCCUGCUCCAAUUUCUCAGCAACCUUCCAGGCAGUACGAAUUGUCAGGGAGCGUGCAUCGACCCAUUGCACAACGUAACAAUAUGAACGGGGAUUAUCGGACAGUGACACCAAAGAAUAAUAAACUAGAGAAAUCAACAUCGAGCGUCUUGUCACAACACUGUCAAACGAUUAAGCAAAAGGCGCAGAGCAUUUCCACGCUGGAAUUACAAAAUCUACUCGAUCAAAUUCAAAAUGAAUUGAACACUGGUGAGAACUCCAAACAGAAUACCAACAAUAUUCAAGAAUUUCUCUCAGCACUCAUCCCCGUAAAAACGUCAACAUUAGCAACAGUUGCUCGACAUAGUAUUUUUCAACAAUUACGCGCACCAUUGGUCCAAUAUUUGCGACAAUGGCGACGAGAAUCAUCACUGAAUGAAAACGAUGUUUUUCUAUUUCGUUCGAUAAUACGACUACUAACAAAACUUCUCCGAAACGUUACUCAAUUGAAUCAAUAUCCCACUUGGUUACUCAACCCUAUUCUGCUAGAAAUGGUCGCAGGGUCUCUAACAGAUAUCAGCCAAUCCGAUCGGCUCUCCAAGAAAAACAAUCAACGUGAAUCAAGAAGUUUCAUGCGUUUAUUUGAUCUUUACAUAAAAUACGGAACGUGCUUAGAAAAAGAAAAAACCUUCAAUAAAGAUGUUUUGAAUCAACUCAUCGAUCCUGUUGUUCAAUGUCUAAAAUCCGAUCAAUAUGUUGAUCUAUUCAGCAAACAGGGAAGCAGCAAUAAAACAACGAAAAUGCAGGAAAGAUUUUUUCUUCACAAAUGUCCUUCGUUUCUUACUUCGUAUCACGGUUCACGUUUAGAACAAACUAUGGAAAGUUUACUAUCAACGAUGUUACCACAGUAUUUAACUUUAUUUAACGAAUUAAUAUUUUCUAUUCAGAAAUGGAAACCAUUCACCAAGCGUGCUGUUGCACAGUUAAUCACACUCAUCAAUCACGGCCCAACUACACCAAAACUACUCGUUGCGCAUUUACCUCUUAUUGAUCACAUCCUGACAAUCAUCAAUACAUCUUCAUUAUACAAUAAACUUGCUGAAAACAUUUCUAAUCCAGAAACAAUGUUAAUGAACUCAGCAGUUCAUUUCUUAGCAAACAUGAUCGCUGAGCCGACUGUUUUAGCACAUAUUAAACAGAAGAAUAUGGCACCGACAUUCUUACGAUUGACGUCCGCGAAAUACGAACCACUAGUUUAUGAUAUCUAUACAAUUCUCGCAUAUACAACUUCCGAAAAAGAUAUUAAAGAAAUGCAAAAUCCAGGUAAACUCUUGUCAACGGUCACCCGAUCAUUGAAAGAAGUAGUGUUCGGGGAUGAAUCGAAUGAUGAAUCACAAGUAUCACAAUUACUAGAGAUACUCAAAGGUCUCAGUCAACAUGAUCAAAUUAAAGAAGAAAUACUGAAACAAAAUGAAUUAACAUUUCUAUUGGAGUGUACGAAAAAGUUUCAAGGAGAUUUAUUAACAUUAUUAUUAGAAACACUAUGGGCAUUGUCAUUUUCUCAAAACGGAGCACUCCAACUGCGAAAUCAUCCUGAAUUUCUUGAAAAAAUUCAAAAUAUUUCAAAAAACUCCAAUGACGAAGGAACGAAAAAAGCUUCGGAUGGCUUAGUUUGGAAACUUGUUCAAGAACCCGCAUUCUUGGAAAAAGUUGCAAAGAAUCAACAAAAUGAGGCUGAAGGUUCACAACAACAAGAAAUAGAAACAACAGAAGUCAUCAUUGGACCUGAUGGUAAAGAACAAAUUGUAACGAAAACGAAACGAGUUGAUAUUGCACCAGCUGAACAAACCUUUCAGUAUGACAUGAUGAUCUCGUAUUGUCACGCUGAUAAAGAUCUAAUUUACAAGAUUCAUCAGUUUCUUCUUGAUCAAGGCUUUAAAAUAUGGAUAGAUUUGAAUAAUAUGUUCGGACCAGCAAUGAGUGCCAUGGCGGAAGCAGUUGAAAACUCCGAGUUCGUACUUUUAUGUAUGUCAGAUUCGUACAAACAAAGUACAUAUUGUCAAGCGGAAGCCGAAUAUGCAUUCGGAUGUAAACGACGAUUGUUACCAUUGAUUGUGAGACCAGGAUAUAGACCAGAUGGCUGGUUAGGCUUUAUGAUUGGAUCGCGAAUUUAUGUUGAUUUUGGCCGAUUCGACUUUGAUACAGCAUGUGAAAAACUUAUGAAUGAGAUCUCUCUGCAGCGCAAACGACCAUUGCCAUCUAAAGAAGGUAAAAUGGGUCAACACGAAAAACCAGAUAAUAAACCUGCAAUUACCCAAGUUGUCGUCGAAAAACCAUCGGCAGCGUCGGUAUCAUUACCACCACCACCAUCACCUGCAAGUGUACUAUCGGGCAAGUUACCGAACGUCUAUACAGAACGAAAAGCAAGACUUGACUUCGAUCGUAAACAUAUUUACAACUGGACAGAACAAGAUGUUUUAGACUUUCUGUUCCAUAAUCGUGUUCAUGAACUCAUGCCAUUAUGCGAGAAAAUGGAUGGUCGAGCGUUAAUACAACUUUAUAAGAUGUGUACGUCGCAUUCAAAGAGCACAUAUACGCUACUCAGUGAUGAAUUAAAACUUGCAUAUCAGGUCAAGUUGCCCAUUGGUAUUUUUACACGAUUUCUUAGUGUCAUGGAAAGAAUAGGUGCAUUGUACAUCCAAUCAUCGCAAUCUACAAUACAGGUAAAAGGUGACUCACAAAUAUCAGUACCGUCACCUCCGAUAGCAUCAUAUUCAUCCAUGUUGACCUUACCGGCACCUGUUCCGUUACAAAAAAGUUCAACACCACCAUAUUAUCGCAGAUCGGAUUUACCGUAUGAUAUCAUUGUUACUUCAAAUGCAUCAACACCUCAAGUACUGAAAAUGGCUGAACGAUUGAUUCCUAGAAUAGAGUCUUGGCAUCACAAGAAGAGAGGACAACCGUUCUAUAUUCGAUAG